AUGCCUUCACGUGCGCUCGAUGUCGUUUGCGCCCCGACGGAAACAAGAAGAGCAUCGUAUUUAAACUCGCCGCCCCUCAUGUGGAUUCUGGAUUCGGAGGGAGACCUCUUAGAUGGAAAGCGCGUCUGGUUGCGACCAGGGCAGAAGUAUCUCUUUGGUCGGAUAAGGCAAGAUGGCGUCCAACAUGCUAUACAGCAUAGCUCGAUAUCGCGAAAGCACAUGGUGAUCGAAGUCGCUCCUGUUAAAGAUGGCGAUGGGUCUCGAAUCGACGCGAAGUCGGAAAUUACAGUGAUUGAUCAGAAUUCCAAAUGUGGAACAGCAGUGGAUGGAAACCAAAUACGGGGCGAGAGUGUCAGUCUUACCAGUGACGAGCACACGAUAAAGUUGGGAAGAUACCAACAUUUGCUGCGGAUCAAAUGGCAGCCGACCGUACUUACAUUUUCCUUCUCGUCUAAAGAACUCAAGGCGAAAGAUCCUCUAGCCCAUGUCCGUUCACGUCUCGAAUAUCUAGAUAUCAAAACGAUUAUCCCUUAUAUCGUUGACGAAACUACACAUGUUGUACAGAGCAAACGUAACACGGCAAAAGGCUUACAGGCACUAGUGAAUGGGAAAUAUAUUGUUGCGAACUCAUACAUCGACGCACUUGUCUACGCUGCGACACCGAGUGACCUAGAAAACUUGGAGUCAUUGUCCCCGUUAGAGGUCGACUUCGACUCUGCAUGGCCAGAUCCAACUGAACAUCUUCCACCUCCCGGCAAAGAAAUCGUCCAUCGACCAGCCGAGGCAUUUGCACCAAUCCCGGAUCGUGUUCACCUGUUUGAAGGUUAUACGUUUGUCUUUGGCGAUGCCGCACAAUUCGACAAUCUGCAUGAACCCAUCGCCAAUGGGCACGGGAAGGCUUUGCUGUAUCAUGUUGAGAAUGGGGUAACUACAGCAGACGAGAUCGCACAGUUUAUGAGGAAUACGGCCGGCGAUACAGGUCUAGGUAGCCAAAGAGAUGGCCCCGGAGGGGUUGUCCUUGUUCGGUUUCGUGCCAAGGGAGGUUACGAGGAGUGGUCAAUCAAUCUGAGCAAUCAAGUUGCACUUCAAACCAAUCAGCGCGUGAUUGAACAGAGCGAAUUUCUCGACGCAAUCUUAGCAAACGAUGCCUCGUCCCUCUGCCGUACACUACCAUCACCCGAGCCCACAUCACGCCAGGAUGUAAGUGCGACGCCAGCAUCACAGCCUGCCUCGACACCCGCGGAGUACAUUCAAAUUGCCGAUUCCCAGGCAGUUGGGGAAUACAGUAAGCCGACAAAGUCGAAGUCAAAAGGCCCGCGCGUGCGCAGCUUUGUCAGUAAAAUGAAAACUUUUGAUGAUGGGUUCGACAUCAAUGCCAUCCCUGCGCAUCCUCCGGAUGACGAGGAUGUUGUUGUGGAUUCGUUACCGGCUAUGGAUAUGGAGUCUUCGUCUGGGCAACAGACGCAACCACGCAGCAAUCUACAGGAGGAGGAAGACGUACUUUCUCAACUUCUUCCUGGGGCAAAUGCGAUGAAACGCCGUCGCGCUGGGACUGUUCAGAGAUCCAUGGAUGAUUCAACAUCCCGCCCCAAGGAGGAAGUGCAUCAACCCAAACGUCAGAAGUUAGACGUGCUCGAGGCAGCUCGGCAACAUCGAGAGGCUGAAGAAGAUGCCCAACGUCAACGCCGAGAGGAAGAAGAAGCUGAACUCCAGAACUCUCUGAAAGAUAUUGAGAAUUUAAGAGGACUUGCUAUUGUGGAAGAGAUGGAAAUGCCAACCCGAAAGAUUGCUGACGAGGACAGCCGGUGGGAUGAGCGAUGGAAUGGACGGAAGAAUUUCAAAAAGUUUCGCAAGAAAGGUGAUCGCAAUCGAUCUCGCCAUAGGAUACAGACAGUUAUUGUGCCUCUUGAAGAAGUGACACGCAAGGCCUUCGGCAUUGGUGAGCACUACUGGGUUAGCAGUCGCAAAUCUGCCGACAAUAGUCAGGCGGAAAGUCGCCGGGAGCCUCCUGCAAGUGAGCAAGAUACUGGAGAGUCGCGAUCUCAAUCUCUUGCUCGGACUGAGUCAGAGCCGGCAGCCCCUCGCAGCCAGAAACGGCCUCGAGAAGAGCGCGACUCUGACAGUGAUGAUGAAUUUCGCUUUCGCUUCCGCCGCAGGAGGUAGGGGUAAGUUUUGGUGGCCGCAACACGAGUCGUGAUGGAGCCCGUAUCCCGUAACAUGGUCGAACAUGGCUAGCUUCACUUACACCUCACUUAGUCACCGCUCUUUUCUUGUGCUAAGACCGCAGUAGUACAAAGAUGUAACUCCAGAUGCGCAUCUCUCAAUCUCAAACAUCAUUGCUAAUGUU